AUGCCACGCCGCGGAGCUUCACCGACCCCUUCAGAGGGCGAGGUUGAUAUUCUGGGAUCCCUCUACCCCGGCGACGAAGACGGCGACAAUGGUACCAACGGCAACGACGCUGGCCUCGACCUUGAUUUUGACGGUCUCUUGAACGGCCCCGAUCCUGGCAAUGAUGACGGCGACGAGGCCUUUAUCGCCCUACAGCAGGCGGCUUCCUUUCGAAAAGCUUCCAAUCUCAAGGGAAGGACGGUGAAGAAGGGUGGAGGCUUUCAGGCGAUGGGCCUCAACAGCAAUCUUCUAAAGGCCAUUACACGAAAAGGAUUCUCGGUUCCGACCCCAAUUCAGCGAAAGUCAAUCCCCUUGAUCCUCGACAGGAAAGACCUGGUGGGCAUGGCGAGGACAGGUUCCGGAAAGACUGCCGCCUUUGUGAUACCCAUGAUCGAGCGAUUGCGCGCCCACAGCGCCAGAUUCGGAACACGAGCUCUUAUUCUCUCACCGUCUCGGGAACUUGCGAUCCAGACCUUGAAGGUUGUCAAGGAGUUUGGUCGUGGAACCGACUUGAAAAGUGUCUUGCUGGUCGGUGGUGACAGCCUGGAGGAGCAGUUUGGGUACAUGGCUGCCAAUCCUGACAUUGUGAUCGCUACACCUGGUCGAUUCCUUCACCUGAAAGUCGAGAUGUCACUGGAUCUCUCUUCGAUUCAAUAUGUCGUGUUCGAUGAAGCCGAUCGCCUAUUCGAGAUGGGUUUCGCUGCGCAGCUUACCGAGAUUCUCCACGCCCUGCCGCCUUCGAGACAAAGUCUACUAUUCUCAGCGACGCUACCCGCAUCUUUGGUUGAAUUUGCCCGCGCCGGUUUGCAGGACCCUAGCCUUGUGCGACUAGAUGCUGAGACUAAGGUCUCCCCUGACCUUGAAAGCGCCUUCUUCUCCGUCAAGGGUGCUGAAAAGGAGGGUUCUCUAUUGCACAUUCUUCACGAUGUGAUCAAGAUGCCGGUUGGACUUCCAGAGAGCGCAAAGGAGCAAUCUGAAAAGGGGUCCAAGAAGAGGAAGCGAGGGCCCGAAGGUGGCAGCGGCAAGCCAACAGAACAUUCGACAAUCAUUUUCACAGCGACCAAGCAUCACGUCGAGUAUCUGGCAAAUCUUCUCAUUGAGGCAGGCUUUGCGGUUUCCUACGUUUACGGAUCUCUCGACCAAGUUGCCAGACGUAUGCAGGUUGAAGACUUCCGACGAGGAAAGACAAAUAUCUUGGUUGUUACUGAUGUUGCGGCGCGUGGUAUUGAUAUUCCCGUGCUUGCCAACGUCAUCAACUUUGAUUUUCCCCCUCAGCCCAAGGUCUUUGUUCAUCGAGUUGGUCGAACUGCCCGAGCGGGUCAGCGUGGUUGGAGUUAUAGUCUCGUGAGAGAUACUGAUGCUCCCUACCUGUUGGAUCUGCAACUGUUCUUAGGCAAGAAGCUGGUCAUUGGUCAAGAGAACACGAGCCCGUCGUUUGCCGAUGAUGUGGUAGUGGGAGCAUUGAAGCGAGACUCGGUAGAGUCUCACGUGGAAUGGUUUAACAAGGUUCUCCACGACAACGAUGAUGUUUCUGCACUGCGAGGUGUUGCUGUAAAGGCAGAGAAGUUGUAUCUGAAGACAAGGAACUCGGCUGCCAGCCAAAGUGCGAAACGAGCAAGGGAGUUGGUCGGAUCCCAGGGAUGGACGCAGCUCCACCCUCUCUUUGGCGAGGAUGUGGACGGAGCAGAACAAGCGCGAGCCGAUAUGCUGGCAAGAAUCAGUGGUUUCAGACCCCAGGAGACAAUCUUCGAGGUUGGUCACCGCGACAAGUCAACAACGGAAGCUGCCCAGGUUAUGAAGCAGCUGCGCAAGAACAUUACACCCAGAAGGCGAGAGGAGAAGAAGGACGAGGAGGAGUUUGAUGGUCUGGACGAUGUACCAUCCGGCGCACAGAUGGAUGUCGACUCUGACGAAGAGGAAGAGGAAGAGGUUGAAAUGGAGGACGAUGAGGAGGAUUCCGAUGAUGAUUUGGAGGUGACUAUCUCCAACAAUAAUUCCAAGAAGGGACAGACGGAUUGGCGAGACUCGGAGGUCUUCAUGUCAUACACACCACGGACGUUCAACGCCGCCGAGGAGCGCGGAUACGGUGUCCAGUCUGGCGGCCAGGGCUCAAGCUUCAUUGAAGCAGCCCGCGACGUGACCAUGGACCUCACCAAUGAUGAGAGCGCCAAGGCGUUUGGAGCACCAACUCGGGCCAAGAUGAGAUGGGACACAAAGUCCAAGAAGUACGUGUCACGCGAAAACGACGACGACGGCUCCAAGGGCGCCAAGAUGAUCCGCGGCGAGAGCGGUGUCAAGAUCGCUGCCAGCUUCCAGAGCGGCCGCUUCGACAAGUGGAAGCGCGCCAACCGCAUGGGCAAGCUCCCGCACGUCGGCGAAGUCGAACGCACCGGCGGCAACACGGUCGCCCAGCUCCCCUCGGGUCCCCGGUACAAGCACAAGCAGGAGAAGGCACCCAAGGAGGCCGACAAGCACCGCGACGACUACCGUGUGCGCAAGAAGCGGGUCGACGAGGCGAGGGAGAAGCGCGUUGGAAGGUUCCGCGACGGUAUGGGCAGCAAGAAGGAGCUCAAGGGCCGCGACGACAUUCGCAAGGCGAGACAGGAGAAGGAGAGGAAGAGGGCCAAGAAUGCUCGGCCAACGAGGAGGAAGUAG